UGAUAGUUCUUUUGCAAUCAAGAUCCGGGCGGAAACUCUGGAUGGGCAGGUGCAGCCCGGCAGAGCCGAGGUUGCUUUGUAAAGCUUUCUGGGGAUCCCGAGAGCGAGUCAAAUCAGAGUUGUUGGGUUUUGCUCCCGCUGACUCUGCUUGUGAGGAGCGGCCAAUGCUGAGGCCUCAGGGCUAUUGCCUAGCUUGCCAGUUAGCUGAGUAGGCGGCGGAGCGGUGCCCCUAGCGGGUUAACAUGUGGGCCUUUCCGGACUUGCCCGUGCCGCUGCUGGUGAAUUUGAUCGGCUCGUUGUUGGGAUUUGUGGCUACACUCACCCUCAUCCCAGCCUUCCAUGGCCACUUUAUCGCCGCGCGCCUCUGUGGCCAAGACCUCAACAAAACCACUCGGCAGCAGAUCCCAGAAUCCCAGGGAGUCAUCAGUGGUGCAGUUUUCCUUAUCAUCCUCUUCUGCUUCAUCCCUUUUCCUUUCCUGAAUUGUUUUGUGGAGGAGCAAUGUAAGGCAUUCCCCCAUCAUGAAUUUGUGGCCCUGAUAGGUGCCCUUCUUGCCAUCUGCUGCAUGAUUUUCUUGGGCUUUGCUGAUGAUGUACUCAAUCUGCGCUGGCGCCAUAAGCUACUGCUGCCCACAGCUGCCUCACUACCUCUCCUCAUGGUCUAUUUUACCAACUUUGGCAACACAACCAUUGUGGUACCCAAGCCCUUCCGACCAAUUCUUGGCCUGCAUCUGGACUUAGGGAUCCUUUACUAUGUCUACAUGGGGCUGCUGGCAGUGUUCUGUACCAAUGCCAUCAAUAUCCUAGCAGGGAUUAAUGGCCUAGAGGCUGGCCAGUCUCUAGUUAUCUCUGCUUCCAUCAUUGUCUUCAACCUGGUGGAGCUGGAAGGUGAUUAUCGAGAUGAUCAUGUAUUUUCCCUCUACUUCAUGAUACCCUUUUUUUUCACCACCUUGGGAUUAUUCUAUCAUAACUGGUAUCCAUCACGAGUAUUUGUGGGAGAUACCUUCUGCUACUUUGCUGGCAUGACCUUUGCCGUGGUGGGCAUCUUGGGACACUUCAGCAAGACCAUGCUACUCUUCUUCAUGCCACAGGUGUUCAACUUCCUCUAUUCACUGCCUCAGCUCCUGCAUAUCAUCCCCUGCCCUCGUCACCGUAUACCCAGACUCAAUACCAAAACAGGCAAACUGGAGAUGAGCUAUUCCAAGUUCAAGACCAAGAGCCUUUCUUUCUUGGGCACUUUUAUUUUAAAGGUAGCAGAAAGCCUCAGGCUAGUCACAGUGCGCCAGAGUGAGAAUGAGGAUGGUGCCUUUACUGAGUGUAACAACAUGACUCUCAUCAACUUGCUACUUAAAAUCUUUGGGCCCAUACAUGAGAGAAACCUCACAUUGCUCCUGCUACUGCUGCAGAUCCUGGGCAGUGCUAUCACUUUCUCCAUUCGAUACCAGCUUGUCCGACUCUUUUAUGAUGUUUGAGUUCCCUGAAGAUUGCCCUUUACUAUGGCACGGUCUCCAGGGUCCUAACCUGGGCCAAUCUUGUGUCCAAGACUGCCUCCAGGCCCAGGCCUCUCCCACUGUUCACUAUACUCCAGAUUUUGUUGUUGCGUUUUCCUUCACCAGUUAUUAUCGACUUUCUGGGCCUUUCUAGCCCUCCAAUGAUAUUAAUUGGACUUUGGCUAUGAUUUUCUUCAUCUUGCCACUUUCCCUUCCCAUCUGAUCUUCGCAGCCUCCUAAGGUGGGAUGCAGCAACUAUAAUGCAGAUACUUAUAAUUUAACAUUCAGAGUCCUGACUCAAGGAAUAUGCUUCCAGAUAGAAUACCAGUCGGUCUCCAGUUCCCUAGCUGACUAUAUUGGCUGCUGAGGAAGGGCCACUACACAGACAUUGAUACUUUAAAUUAAGUGUUCUGAUUAGUAAGGUGGGGGCAGAUGCUCUCACUGGUGACAAUAAAGAGUUGAUUUUUUUCUUGUU